UCUCUGCUCCAUCCUUACCGCUUGACGUGUGCCAAAGGUAUUCCGCGAAUUUGAGUCAGAUUUUUUUCUGGACACAACAUUCGAAGAAAAUCCUGGCUGGUUCUACUCUAGUCAUUGGCAUAGGUGCAACCAGAUAUUGAAAAUGCUGAAAAGUUUAUUUUACCUCUGAAUGUCUGAUGCUAUUUGCAUGUCAUGACAAUGUCGUUUCAUUUGGAAAUGGUCAUUGAAUAAACUAUGGUCAAUGUCCACGACGUUAAUUGAGCUUUCAAUAAUAGGUAGCAGCCUACUUGUAGAUACAGGCUGUGGCACUGUAACGAAGGACACAAGCACAAUUCUAAACUUGAUAUUCCUCUCAAUUAGCUAGGUUAGCCGCCGAAAUAUCUUGCACUUUUUUGACGUCGACACAAACGCUGUCGAUACCUUUUAAGGGCUUGGCUGUUUCCAGUCAACUGUGACCUGUAGCUGCACCAAAGCGAACGCCUGCACAUUCACAGCCAAUUUUACAACUUGGGCUAUAGGCUACUGCAGCAGUGGAAUUGAGAGUAGGCUACUAGUUUUUGUCGGGUCCGAUAUUUGCAACUGGUGAUACUUAUUGCAAUGAAGGAUUUAAUUCGUUUUAUUAGCACAGUUGGAAUGGCUUGGACGACUUUUCUCAGUGCCAUUUAAGAUACAGUCGGGACUGAUCGCCGUGAAACGCCAAAUCUUCAGAUUCUGCGUAAUUUGUUAGAUACAACGGGUGACGAGACACGACCAUGGAUACCACUGUGAAUUCAGGAAGAAAUUCCGAGAAAUCUCACCUCGUGCACGAGAUGAAUGCCAAAAUGUAUUCACGGAAAAGUUCCUUUUCAGACUCCAAAGAAGACUAUCCCAACUUCCCAUUUGAGAACGGAGAUGUGGCUGGUGCCAUUGAGCUGAAGCAACCUGUUGGAGCCCAUUGCCACGAUAACAAAGCAGUGAGUGAGGAGAACCAUGACACGCUGCUGGCUAAGAAGAAGCUGUACAUCGCCUCCAUUGUGUGCCUCAUCUUCAUGAUCGGAGAGAUCAUAGGUGGCUACCUGGCCCACAGUUUGGCUAUCAUGACAGAUGCAGCUCACCUCCUGACUGACUUUGGCAGCAUGAUGGUCAGCCUGUUCUCCCUGUGGAUCUCCUCUAGACCACCCACCAAAACCAUGACCUUUGGAUGGCACCGCUCAGAGAUCCUAGGAGCGCUGGUGUCAGUGAUGUCAAUCUGGAUAGUGACUGGGGUGCUGGUUUACCUGGCCAUUGAGAGGAUAGUCAAGAACGACUUUGAGAUCAACAGUCAAGCGAUGCUCAUCACCUCCGGUUGUGCCGUCUUAGUAAACAUUGUCAUGGCGUACAUCCUCCACCACUCCACCACCUUCCAUGCCCAGAGCUCAGGCUACCAGCAAAUAGACGAGAACAGGCAGAGCCCUUUGGGUCACAGCCACUCCCAUGUUGGUCACGGCCACUCCCACGCCCUGCUGGGUCAUGGCCAUGGCAACACCAGUGUGAGAGCAGCCUUCAUUCACGUGUUGGGAGAUCUCUUACAGAGUGUUGGGGUCCUAAUGGCUGCCAUCGUCAUCUUCUACAGGCCUGAGUACAAAGUAGCAGAUCCCAUUUGUACCUUCCUCUUCUCUGUGUUUGUCCUUGGGACCACCAUCACCAUACUCAGGGAUGUUUUCAGGAUACUCAUGGAAGGGGCUCCUAAGGGAAUAGAGUUCAACUCAGUGAAGGAGGUGUUACUGUCUCUGAAGAUGGUGAAGGCUAUGCACAACCUGCGCCUGUGGGCCUUGACCGCGGGACAGACCCUGGUCUCCGUCCAUGUGGCCAUCGAGGAGAAUGCCGAUCCCCAGAGUGUCCUUAAGGAGGCUACAGAGAUCCUCCAAACCAAGUUUGGUUUCUACAGAACCACCAUCCAGGUGGAGCCCUACUCUGAUGACAUGGCCUACUGCACACACUGCCAGGAUCCCUUGGACUAACAGCAGUGGAGGCUGCUGAGGGGAGGACGGCUCAUAAUAAUGUCUGGAACGGAGCAAAUGGCAUGGCAUCAAACACAUGGAAACCAUGUUUGAUGUAUUUGAUACCAGUCCACUUAUUCCGCUCUAGCCAUUACCAUGAGCCCGUUCUCCCCAAUUAAGGUGCCACCAACCUCCUGUGACUAACAGACUCACAACUACCAUGGCGACAGGAGAGAGCUGUCAUUUUGAAAGGAAGUGGGUACUGUAUACAUACAAAAGCAUACAGUGCCUUCAGAAAGUAUUCAUACCCCUUGAAUUAUUCCACAUUGUUGUCACAUUCUGAAUUCAAUAUGGAAUAAAUAUCUCUCCCAUUUACACAAUACCCCAUAAUGACAAAGUGAAAAAACGUUUUUAGAAAUUGUUGCAAAUGUAUUAAAUUAAAUACAGAAAUCUCAUUUACAUACGUAUUCACACCACUGAGUCAAUACUUUGUAGAAGCACCUUUGACAAAGAUUACAGCAGACCUGGAUUGUGCAACAUUUGUCCAUUUAUUCCAAGCUCUGUCAAAAUGGUUGUUUAUCAUUGCUACCCAACCAUUUAAGGCUUGUCGUAGUUUUGACUUAAAUCUAACUUGGCCACUCAGGAACAUUCAGUGUCUUCUUGGUAAGCAACUCCGGUGUAGAUUUGGCCUUGUGUUUUAGGGUUUUGUCCUGUUGAAAGGUGAAUUUAUCUCCCAGUGUCGGGUGAAAAGCAGAAUGAACCAGGGUUCUAGGAUUUUGCCUGUAUUUAACUCCAUUCCGUUUUAUUCUGAAAACCCCCCCAGUCCCUAACGAUUACAAGCAUACCCAUAGCCACCACUAUGCUUGAAAAUAUGUAGAAUGGUGCUCAGUAAUGUGUUGUAUUGGAUUUGCCCCAAACGUAACACCUUGUAUUCAGGACAAAAAGUUAGUAAUUGCUUUGCCACAUUUCUUUGCAGUAUUACUUUAAUGCCUUGUUGCGAACAGAAUGCAUGUUUGGAAAUAUUUUUUAUUUUGUACAGGCUUCCUUUUCUCUCUGUGAAUUAGGUUAGUAUUGUGGAGUAACUACAAUAUUGUUGAUUCAUCCUCAGUUUCUCCUAUCUAAAACUGUUUUAAGUCAUCAUUCGCCUCAUGGUGAAAUCCCUGAGAAUUCCUUCCUCUCCGGCAAGUGAGUUAGGAAGGACGCCUGUAUCUUUGUAGUGACUUGGUGUAUUGAUACACCAUCCAAAGUGUAAUUAAUGACUUCACCAUGCUCAAAGGGAUGUCUGUCUUUUUUUGGCAUUGGAAAACCUACCUGGUCUUUGUGGUUGAAUCUGUGUUUAAAUUCACUGAUUGACUGAGGGGCCUUACAAUUAUCUGUAUGUGUGGGAAAGAGAUGAGGGAGUCGUUAAAAAAUAAUGUUAAACACCUAUUGCACAUAGUGAGUCCAUGCAACUUGUGCCAAAUUAUUUAUGUAUUUGUAAAAAAUUCAAAAAACAUAAUUCCACUUUGACAUGGGGUAUUGUGUAGGCCAGUAACAAAAUCUUAAUUUAAUCCAUUGUCAUGUAUCAGUAUGCCGAGGUGAAUACGGAGUCAGGCGCAGGACACAGAACUGAGUAAAAUAACGUACUUUACUCAGAAAAUAAUCAACCAUAAAUUCCACACAGGAAACGGACUGUUGGAAGAACAGACAUUUCUCAGCCUUAACGUAAAGGUCAUGCUCCAGUCGACCAAGCACCUUGCACACCAGAGACACAUGCUCGGCGCAUGUAGUGGAGUAUAUUGGAAUGUCAUCUAUAUACACCACUACACCCUGCCCGUGCAGGUCCCUGAAAAUCUCGUCUACAAAGGAUUGGAAGACGGAUGGAGCAUUCAUCAACCCGUACGACAUGACGAGGUACUCAGUGUCCAGAGGUGGUACUAAAUGCCGUCUUCCACUCAUCCCCCUCCCGGAUACGUACCAGGUUGUAAGCACUCCUGAGAUCCAAUUUGGUGAAGAAGUGCGCCCCAUGCAAUGACUCGGUCACACUGGCUAUGAGAGGCAGAGGGUAACUAUACUUCACCGUGAUCUGAUUUAAACUUCUUUAGUCAACGCAUGGGCGUAAACCUCCAUCCUUCUUCACAAAAAAGAAACUCAAGGAGGCAGGUGAAGUGGAAGGCCGAAUGUAUCCCUGUCCCAGAGAUUCGGUGACAUAUGUUUCCAUAGCUGCUGUCUCCUCCUGUGACAGAGGAUACACGCGAUUCCUGGGAAGUGCUGCGUCUACCAGGAGAUUUAUCGCACAAUCCCCCCGUCGAUUGGGUGGUAGUUGUGUCGCCUUUUUACAGAAGGCGAGAGCCAAAUCGGCAUAUUCAGGGGGGGGGGUGUGCAUGGUGGAGACCUGGUUUGGACUCUCCACCGUAGUUGCACCUAUGGAAACACCUAUACACCUCCCUGAACACUGACGUGACCAUCCCUUGAGAGCCCUCUGUUGCCACGAAAUAGUGGGGUCAUGAUGGGCCAACCAGGGAAACCCCAACACCACAGGAAUCGCAGGAGAAUCGAUCAGAAGCACAGGAGCCCUCCCUCCUGCCUUAUCAUACAUAGUGGAGCUGUGACCUCCCUAAUUAGACCUGACCCUAAAGGACGACUAAGGAAUGUACAGGGAAGGGCACAUCAACAGGAACAAUAGGGUUCCCUAAUCUACGAGCAAACGAACGGUCAAUAAAGUUCCCAGCUGCGCCUGAAUCUAAUAGCGCCUUAUGCGGGGAAAAUCAGGAAAUUCUAUAGAUAGAUACAUGUGCGCAACAGGAAGCUCUGGGUGAGUUGGGUGCCUACUCACCUGGGAUGAUCCACCAGUGCCCUGCCUGCCGUCUCUACUUCCUGGGGAACCUCUCCAGCACCGACCAGCAGUGUGUCCUCUGCGGCCACAGGUAGUGCAGGAAACAGCCCCCCCUCCGGUCACCUUUAGAGCAGCACCUCCGAGCUCCAUAGGUGUAGGAUCGGAGGUGCUGGGAGAUGGAAUGGACGGACCCCGAUCCGGACGUCCCCGGGUGGCCAACAGGUUAUCCAGCCGGAUGGAUAAAUCCACCAGCUGGUCGAGGGUAAGGGUGGUGUCCCUGCAGGCCAGCUCCCAACGAAGACUAGACUACAUCGGUAAUGGUCAAUCAGGGCCCUCUCAUUCCAUCCGGCGCUGGCAGCCAGGGUCCUGAGGUCCAGUGCGAAUUCCUGUGCGCUCCUCAUCCCCUGUCUGAGAUGGAACAAGCGUUCCCCCGCCGCUCUCCCCUCCGGUGGAUGAUCGAAGACCGCCCGGAAGCGGCGGGUGAAAUCCUCAUAGCGGACCAACGCUGCGUCUAUAUUUCCCCAUUCAGCGUUGGCCCACUCAAGCGCUUUCCCCGACAGACAGGAGAUGAGGGCGGACACGCCGGGUGGACGGUCGCCAGGUAGAGCUCCAACUGGAGCAGGAACCCCUGGCACCCGGCAGCCAUCCCAUCAUAUGCGCUCGGGAGCGAAAGCCGAAUCCCACUGGGUCCAGGUGACUGAGGGGUGGACAGCGGUGUGGGUUGUGGUGUUGGUUGGGGGGAAGUUGAUGGGGGUGUAGACAAACACCCUCUCUCCAAUUGCUCCAUGGUGAGCAGCACGCGAUCCAUUAUGGUGCCGAGAUGUUGGAGCAUCGUUGCAUGCUGCUGGACUCGUUCCUCUACUGGUACCGGAGGACUGGGUGCACCUGCUGACUCCAUUGGUGUUGCGUGAUUCUGUCAUGUAUCAGUAUGCCGAAGUGAAUACGGAGUCAGGCGCAGGACACAGAACUGAGUAAAAUAACGUACUUUACUCAGAAAAUAAUCAACCAUAAAUUCCACACAGGGAAAACGCACCAGAAGACUGAUAACACUAGACAAAGAACAAUCACGCACAAAACAUAAUGAGAACCAGAGGGUUAAAUAGGGAAAUAAUAAUAACGUAAUGGGAACCAGAUGUGUACAAUCAAGACAUAACAAAUGGAAAAAGAAACGUGGAUCAGUGGCAGCUAGAAAGCCGGUGACGUCGACCGCCGAACGCCGCCCGAACAAGGAGAGGCACCAACUUCGGCGGAAGUCGUGACAUCCAUUUGAAAUCCAGGCUGUAACAACAAAAUCUGGAAAAAGUCAAGGGGUGUGAAUACUUUUUGAAGGCACUGUAAUUGUCAAUGUAAGCUAGGAAUGUAAACACUGUGCGCCAUCACCAUGAGAACAAAAAAACCUUUUCUGAUCCAUCAUCAGGCUUACACGACAUACUGUGUGCAUGUGCACCAUAUCAUGCCAAAUAUUUCAAUAUAAAUACCAUCCAUUCAGGAGCUAUUGAUAUUCCAGAAAAUGGAUUUCAUACCAAGAAACUGCAUCUCAGGGAGGGAGACAUGUUAAAUAGGAAAAUAUUAUGAAUGUAUCAGCACAUAUUUCUAGUAAUGUAUGCCAUUACUUCACCAGUCUGUGCUGAUGUCAUGCAUUUUUAGACUUAGCCAUUUGGCUUUAGCAAUCCCUCAUUGGCAUGGUGCAUUAGGGCAACAGGACAGUGUAAUAGCUUGUCUCAGUUCUUUGGAGUAGUACAUUGAUAUUGACGUAAGAACCCUGAAACCAAUGAGAUUUCUGUCUUUCCCAGGCCUUUAUCUGUGCUUCAGUUGAGGGUGUCUGCCAAAUGGUAGCAUUUAUAUUGUUUACAUUGGAAAAGAGUUUUGGUUCAAUUUACAAAAUUGAUUAUGUCAGUGUGAGAAAGCAUCCUACAAGCUCACUCAUCUCACUCAGAGGAGGAAUCCUUAAGACAGACCAAUUUACAAAAGGAGUUGGUCGAUUUUAGUUUUAGCAUUGUGGGCUGUGUUCAUCUACGCUCCAGGAUAUGCCCUGAGCAGAUAUAGCAAAUAGACUGGCUAAUACUCAGACCGUGCUAUAUUCCUCAUUUGAAACUCACUGGAGGUAGGCUACAUUGGAAUGUGUUGUAACCGUGUCGUUAAAUUACCCCUCCAGUUAUGCAGUUUUGUUGACAUUAUAGCCUGGAUAUUUUCUUGCACUGUUUUUGGAUGACACAAGAGAGAGGUCAAAUGAACGAAUCCGACCGCUAUACUCUCAACUAUCCACGUUCUCAAAAAGUGUACCCAUACACAGUCCUCACCCACUCCCACGCUGUCAUAGGCCUACAUGCCAUGGAGCUUUGCACAGGGUUUUUGUUAAUAGUUCCAGUGCCUCCACACUGCCUCAACAACCUUCCUACAUUCCAAAGAGGGUCAGUCAGUCAGCUUUCUACUCCAUACCUACACACUCCCACCACAUGAAUGCGCGCACACCUGUCAGCUUCAUAAAAACAAACCAGCAAAUAACUAAGGAUGCAUCUCUUCAGAAAAUGUACAAAAAAGUCCAACCUGUGACACGCUGAAACUAUGAAAUAUAAAAGGCACUCGCCAUUCUUGUUCUACUUCGAUGCCUGCAGCUAAGUGUCAAUAUUGUAACAUGCACUGAAAAUUAACAAAUGGACACACAUUCUUCACUGAACACUUGCAUGAGUGUUUUUUCAUUCAGAUUGUGUAAUAAGGAUAUCUUCAUACGACUGCCCAUAUGACUAGUUGGUAGGGAUUACGCUUCUAAAUGUCACUGAACUAUCCGCAAAUCUAUUUUGAUCACUUUUGAUAAAAGGAAAAUAUAAAAUGUAAAUAUUUAUUUUCAUUUGUAAACCAUAUGGAAAUGGAACAAAGAAAGCUCCAACUGUAAAGACGUAGUCAAAACAACAGGAACCAACUGCCAAUGUAUUACUUUUGGACCAGAAAGUGGUUACAAAGCAUCUUUCACCCAGGCAAGUCUACUCAAAUUCAAAAAAUAUAACGUUAUUAUUUGUUCACCAACUAAGUGUAAUGUUUCAGAAUGCUGUCUUGUAUUGUAUGAAAAUUGCAAAUUUGCCAAAUAUCAGUAUUUCCUGUGUACGAUUUUGUGUAAAAGUGUAAAUAUAUUUGAUUUAUAGUAUAAAAUCAGUCUGAAGUCCUGUGUGUAAAUGUUUGGUGAAAUUAUAUUAAAACGACUGGUCGCUGUUUGAUAUUUUAUUUAUGUUUGGUGCGAUUUUUGUAAAACUUAAAUAAAAGUGUGCAGAUAA